AAUAUUUCAUUUACCCAAAACUUAUUGAAUAAUCUGCGCGUUACAGAAACACUCCGCGUUCCCCAUUAAUUUGCCUUAUCCGGGGUACGUGUAAUUAACAUCAGCUCUUUGCCAAAACUAACAAAAACCCCAGAGGGCCGAGAAAAGAUACGGUAUGGUAUGCGAGUCGAGAACAAGAGAACAAGUCGAAACGAAGUGAGAUUAAUGGAUUUAAUCAGUGAUAAGCUCGCGAAUAAAUGGUCUCUCAUUAGGACCGCCCAAUGAACUGGAGCUAUAAAAGCCAAAAAACUGCUGCUCACCAUUCACAGUUUUCACCGCAAGCCAAAGCAAAAUGCAGCCUCCGCCCAAGACUUAUUCCUGGCCGCUUCUCUUGGUGGUCCUUUUUGCGGGCAUUAGCCUGGCCAGGUCGGCGCCGCGUCAGGCGUCUAGUAGCUACGUCAUUCCGCUGCCCUGGAACGAUCUAAUUAGGACCUUCAAUUUCCCAGAGUCGCAGGAGAAGUCCCAGGAGAUUCCCGAGCCGCGUGCGCUCUCUGUGAACCUGGAGGAUACGAGUGCCGGCCGACAGGAGGAGGAGGAAGAGGACGAUCUGCAGCAGGUUCUGCUGCUGACCAGUGGACUGACUCCCGCCCAGAUUGCCCAGCGUAGUCGGGGCCGAAACAAUGAGGGCAGGUUCUUUGGGCGCGGCGGCACCACCGUGGUGGUGAUCUCCGGCUUAUCCGGCGCUGUCAACAACACUAACAACAACAGUAUUGUGACCACUCCUGCCACCACAACCACAACGGGCACUCGAACCUCGGAGUUUAUCCGGACGCCAAUUGCUUACCCGGCCGGAUAUCCCAUGCAAUACUACCGGAAACGGCAGAACGACGGCGCAUCGAUGUCCUAUCCGGAGAUCUUCGGCUGGAACGAGGCGGCCUUCUACGGCGGAGAUUUGAGUGGUUUGGGUGGACUCAAUGGGGGCUAUAGUCUGCCGGGCGUCCCCUUGGUGCCAAUCACCGUUGGCAACGAGGUGAGGUACGUCCCUAUGAAUCUCCGCAUGCUACGGCAGUUUGUCGGUGGUCCCACUUCCUUUGCUCCCCCUCCACCGCCGGCCAUCAGGGAGCAGGAUGAUCAGCUGGAGGACGACGAUAUAGCCGCCUUGGCCUUGGGCCCCGAACUGGAAGUACUGGACGACAACACCAAUGAGGGUGGACCGGAGGUCACAAGUCAAGUCACUGGUCACUCGGUCGGCGAUCCAUCGGGCUUUGGACUCCUUGGACAGCGGUUGAGACCUCGUCCGUUGGUCAGGAGGCGACCACUGCAGACACUGGCCCAGAAUAUUCGCCGGGUGCAGUACCUUAGGAAGUAAUGGCCGCACAAAGAUACCAGAUCAACAUGACCGUAAUGACCAAUAGACAUAAACCAUUUUUUUUUUUAAACAGCGAAAAUAAAUGAAAUGUAAGGGAACGUAAAUCUUGUUUUUAUUACAGCAGGGCUUAAAAUGCAAGGCUUACUUGAAAAAUAAGUCAAUAAUGAAUAUAUUAACUGCUUGUUUUACAUUAAAAGCGAUAACGUUUAGUUUUAUACCAAUUUGUCUUUAUCCAGAAUUUUAUGAUAGUUUGUUCGGCCACAACUCAUUAUGUAAGCCCAUCUGUGUGUAUAAGACGUAACGCAAAAAUGCAGACCUCUUUUCGCGAAACUCCCAUCGCCGCGUUGGCCCAAUAACAUUAAGUUGAUAAGUUUUUCCAUUGGCCAGAGGAA